AUGGAGUUCUUCCUGGGAGACGUUGUAAGCCAGCGUAGUGUUAUCUACGUCACCUUGGCGUUGCUACACUUUGGAGGUCUCUGCAUUUACCGGCUCUUUCUGCACCCACUGGCGCGGGUACCAGGCCCAUCAUUGGCGGCCUGCACCAAACUGUAUCAGACCUACUACUCACGGAAAUAUUUCGAACAAAUCGGAAUCUUGCAUGACGUCUAUGGGCCUGUGGUCAGGAUAUGUCCUAAUGAGAUCCACCUCGCUGACCCGGCCAACUACGACAGGAUCUACCAUGUGGGGAGCACCUACACCAAGGAUCCGGUAUACUAUGAUUUGACUAACGUGCCGCUCUCCACGUUUGGAGCUGUUGACCACGAAGUCCACCGCAUAAGAAGAAGCGCACUGAAUCCCAUGUUCUCGCGCAAGAUGGUCACGUAUCUCGAACCCGUGAUACAAGAAAAGGUCCAGACGUUCUGCACCCGUGUGCAGGAAGCACUGGAUCGCAACGUGCCGUUUGACUUACAUCAUGGCUUUCGCGCUGUGUCGACGGAUGUGGCGUCGCACUAUGCGUUUGACAAGUCCUUCAAUUUGUUGGACCACGAAGACCUCGGUGCGACAUUUCAUGGCCACGUUACUGGAGUAGGCCCCUCGAUAUGGAUGUUCCAACUGUCGACGAUAUUGCGGGAGAUUGCCAUGGCGUUACCCGAAUCACUCGUCACAUCGUGCUCCAGCUCUCUCAAAGCAGUGUACCAUUUGCGAGACUCGUUCGCGCGCGAGAUCGAUGCCAUUAGAGAGCGUUUGCAGCAUCAAGGGAGGCCGGAGCGACCUACCAUCUUCACUACCUUGCUGGACCCGGAAGUAAAACCCGCUGGGUUCGUGCCACCGUCAACUCCGGCGCUCACGGACGAGGCAUUCUCUAUUAUCUUCGCGGGCUCAGACACGUCGGGUAAUGCGAUGACGGUCGCCGCUUUUCACACUUUACGCACGCCAGAGAUAUAUGCACGGCUCACCUCUGAGCUGAUGGCACGCUUCCCGGACGUAAAUGUCCCGCUUGCAUACACUGACCUGGAGCCCCUCCCCUACCUGUCCGCGGUAAUCAAAGAAGCACUCCGUCUCUCAUUCGGCGUGCCGGGCCGUCUCCCUCGCGUCGUGCCUGAGCCGGGAGCAACGUUCAACGGCUACUUCGUGCCCGCGGGCACCAUCGUUGGCAUGUCAUCCUGGACGAUGCACCGCGACUCGCAGGUCUUCCCGGAUCCCAUGCGAUUCGACCCCGAGCGGUGGCUAGAGUUAGGGGCGGUGCGUCACUUGGAUCGCAAUAUGGUGCCGUUCUCUAAGGGAACGCGUCAAUGUGGGGGCAUGCAAUUGGCGUAUGCAGAGCUAUACGUGACUCUCGGAACAUUCUUCAGACGAUUCCCCAACUUGAAGGUGUACAAGACAGAGCCGCGGGAUAUGGAGUACGUUGAUGCUAUCGUGAGUUCAUCGAGACACGUUCUGGGCGCUUGA